AAUAAAUUUGAUUCAUUUCCAUGUUCGGUCGUUCAUCUCUGAUCGGCUGAAAAAAUAUAAGCAGUUUCAACACUUCUUGCUGUUCUCAAGUGGCUUACAAAAUAUUUUCUUCCGUAGUGGACGCUGGUUUAUCAGUUUCAACCAAAAGUGCGAUUGUUGCCCGAAUACAAACGGCGAAGUAGUAGAUCAUCUCUGCUUUCUACUCGAUGCAGUCGAAUCUAUAUUCGGAAGAUUCAUUGUUAAGCUAUUGGAAUGAAUUCGAUGGGGGUCCUGUCAGCUAUCCGCUCCCUCAGCAACAUCCACCACCAAUGAUUGUCGGUACGCAAUUCGAUAACGGUAGUUUUAGCUUUUUGCCGCCUCCGCCGCCACCAGUGGGAAUGCCAUAUCCGGCAGGCUUGAUGGUGCCAGGUACAUGCCCAAACCCGAUGAUGGGCCCAGUUCCUCGUACUUAUCCACGGUUUCAACCAGCGUUGGCAUCCCUUCAAGCAAUGCAACCGGGAUCGCUGCCACAACCACCUCCACCAAUUAUUCCUGCUACACAUUUCAAUUUUCAGCCACCUCAAUCGCAUUUUCCAAUAAGUGUACCGCCGGUGCCUGUACCUGUGUCUGCUGAUAACCAGGAAAGGACUCAUUUGAACCACUUGGGGCAAAUGGAACAGGUGGUGGUAAAAAAUGGGCAAGUAUUUCACAUAAGCUUCAUCGACGAUCCUAGCGAACCAGAGCCACCAGCUCUCCCAACACACAAUAGUGAGAAUACGGAGAGCGAAGACAGUCAAUCUAGAGAUUGGAUCAAUUACGACGAAUUACCGCUACUACAAAAUAUUUUUAAUAGCGAAACUGAAAACGGUACGUACAAAUGUAAACAAUGUGGAAAGGAACUUGUCUCAGCUUUGAACUUGUAUAUUCAUGAACAAACGCAUAAAACAACGCGACUUGACUGCAAAGUUUGCGGUAAACGUUUCAAUCGGAUUGGAAAGCUCGAACAUCACAUCCGAAAACAUCACCUGGAAACGCUACCGGAAGGAUCUGCAUCGGGGAACAGUCCAUCAGGUACGCCGAUUCUGAACGAUUUCAGUAACUACUGUGUUGAGUGUGAAGAAUUUUUUACCAGCGGCGACGAGCUUCAAAAUCACAUGGAAGUAAAUCAUCGCUUAAUCGACGAUUCCAAGUCCCCCAAAGAUCUGAAGAAAGCGAUCGGCUGUCCGUACUGCGAAGAAACAUUCGAAUGGCCCUGCUUGCUCAAGACGCACAUGACAAAACAUACCGGCGAGAAACCGUUCAUAUGCGAACGGUGCAAUGUGUCCUUUCGAUUUGUGCAGAGUUUCUACCGCCACAAUCGGCGAGUACACGGCUGUGAGAAAUAAUUGCAUCUCACCUCACAGUUCAAGAUUUGGCAACGUCGUCAGCACGAAUAGUAAUAAUAUUUAAUUCUAAGUACAUAGUUUCAACAGUAAUUCAAUUGGAACUAGCUUUGACAAAUUCUAUAUUCAUAAUGAUUGAGAUUAUCACUACUAGAUGAUGACAUUUCUUGCAUAAUUGAAAUUGAUUUAAGAUACUGAUGCACAGAGGAAGUAAAACUUGAUAUUAUAAGUAUUAGCAAAAAAGAUAAAAAAAUCUCCUUAAAGUGAAAUUAAAUCGUGUAUAAAUAUAAGUUCUUGCUCUUCCGUUGAAUAUGUUCUUUGGUAAACCCAGUCAACAUGAUUAGCAUUUUGUAGCUACAAUACUUAAUUAUAAAAUAAUUGCAAUUAAUCAGAGAUACCCUUAUUCGUUUUGAAUAACAACCAGUCUGUGUUAACGUUUUCUACCUUAUCUAAAAAGAAAGGUCUGUGUUAUUUUAUAGAGCUUAUGUUAAGUUAUACAGUACUUUGUUUAAAAACACAUUUUACAAGAUGUUACCGAUUGGUUUGUAUGAAAAACGUACAGUUGUAUUGUUUUGACCAUCGAAUAUGUGUUAUCCUGUCUCAACGCAAAGUUUGAGCCCAAUAAAUUUUCUUUCCUUUGUCUGGUUGAAUCCAAUAAAAACUCCUGCACAAUUAACAGACCAGGAGUUUACAGUUUAUUAUUUUUUUGGUUUUCAAAUUGACUAGAUAACACAUGAGCGACGGUAAGCCAUCGCCAAGCGAUUAUUUUAAACUGGUCGUUUUCUGAAGUAAAUUCGUAUAUUUUAAGUAACAAUGUGCUUCCCUAUGUUGAGUAACGUACAAGUUUGAAACAUCUGAUUACUAUUAUGUCCCAGCAAUAAAUUAUGAAAUA